GGAAAUAACAAAGUGUAUUAAUCGAUACAGAGAAAUGCUUCGAGCUGUUGAAUCUAGAUUUACUCAAGAGAUUAGAAAGACAUUAGCUCUAGAACUGGCUCAGUUGCUGCUGCGGUCCUGUAGUGUAUCUUCAUAUAAGCCACUUGAUGUCAAUGACAAAGGGCUGAACAAGGAUACAAGGACACCUAAGCCAUGUAUAUAUUCUUCAGAAAAAUUGUUCAUUCCUAAAAAUUUGGACGAGGAAGUGCUUUUACUGCUCCUGAUAGCAGAGGCAGUGGGAACAAGAGAAGCAGUUUUGGAAAGAAAAGAAGAAAUUCACAAGUUAACGGUAACAAACAUCACUGCCAUUUAUGACUUAUUGGCUCUUAUCCUGGUCAAACGAGGACAGUUUGGACGACUUACAGAGUCCUUUGAUAAGGCCAUGAGGUUUUCUUUUCAAGAGUUUCAUAUCUGGUACCAGUUUGCCAACUCUUUGAUAUCAUCAGGCAAGCAUUCCCAAGCACUUCCUGUCUUAGCAGAAUGUCAUCGGCUGGCACCACAGAAUGUGUGUGUAUGCCUGCAGGCAGCACAACUCUGUUAUGAGUAUCUACAGCAUUACCAGCAAGGGGUUGAGUGGGCGGAGGCUGCCAUCAACUGUAAAGGGACUUUGAUACAGACUGCCAGGUCACACAUGGCUUUGGGUAUAGGUUUGUGCCUGGUUGCCAAAGAGUCCAAGCUGCUAGCAGAGAGGCAGGAACUGAACCAGAGGGCUCUGAAAGCUUUUAAAAUUGCUCAUGAAUCUGACCCACAAGACUAUCUGGCUGCAUUCCAUCUAGCCCUGCAGUUUGCUAAUCUCAGAAGGAUAAAUGAAGCUGUAGCUUACACAAAGCUGUCACUCAAACAUCGCAGCGACUUCAUUCAUUCUUUGCACCUCCUUACUUUGCUGUUGUCAGCACGAAAGCAACAUGAGGAUGCCAUGACUUUAGUACUUGCUGCUCUGGAGGAGUAUCCGGAUAAUUUAAGUUUGCUGAUGACUAAAGCUAAACUUCAGAAGAUUGUGUUGGGUUCUGAAGAAGCAUUGGCUACCUAUCAGAAGAUGUUGAAGUUAUGGAAAGAUUUGCAUGAAAUGGAUACUGCAGACGAUGGAUCGGACAGCAAGUACAGAACCAGAGACAAGAUGUGGGACAAGAGGAGCAUAGCCCACAUUGCCAUCAGUGAAUACAGUGAAAGAGGCUCAGGAUCCAUCAGAGCUGAGUCUGUGGCUGCUUCAAGGAUGGAGAAAGCAUUGUCUGACCUGGCAUCCUCAAUGAACAGUAGCUUCCAGCCUAGAGCAGGACCACAGAGGUCAUGGGUCAUCCAGGCACAAAUUUGGCUCAAUUUGGCCGAGCUGUACCUUAGCCUGAACCAAGUGAACGAAGCACAAAAGUGUGUCCAGGAGACAUUCCAGCUCUUCCCCCAUUCUGUAUAUGUCUUCUUUUUGAGAGGUCUAGUACUGGAGCACAAAGGCAAUCUUAUGGAGGCCAGAAGUUGCUAUGAGAAUUCAAUCGCAGUUAAUCCUGCUCACACCAAGUCGCUGUAUCAUCUU